AUGUAUCAUAAAUUCCAGGAGAGAGAAAUUCCUGAGGCGAGUCGCGAUGUCCGCAUGGCUACACAGGCAGAACGCCGUGCCGAGCUACAGAAACUAUCGAGUGGUGAAGAAGAGUGGACGCUCUAUCGCACAUUGUGUCAGUUUCGGUUGGGCUACUUCUCGUUCCUCGUGCUCAUGUGCAUCCUCAUGUUCAGCGUCACGUUUUUAAUGGAGAUCUUCUUCGCCAUCUUUUUGCCCAGUGCACGUAUGGACCCUUACUUUACUGUACGAUCCAUUGUACUGCUAUCGAUCUUUCCAUUUGCGCUGAUUUUUCUAUCCUACUGCUUCGAGGAGUCUAGUCGGUUGUUCCUGGAUGCCAUUGACACGAGAGAAGGUAGUUUGGCCAAUUUUCGUCUCUCGCUUUGUGUCUGCAUCCAUUACUUGCGUCAUUGGCGUGAAAUGCCAGAUGAUCGAUUCGAGAGAGAAAGGUUUGACGCGUUUAGACGACAUGAUGAAGACCAUGAAGCAUGGGUACGCUUUGUGAGCUGGAUCACCGCUGGGCCGAGGUAUUUGCUAAGUACCAUCCACACCAACGAUCCGUUUGACGACACAAACAAAAAAUCCGAGGAUGAAACGAGAUACGAACUAGAGUUGUUGUUUCAACGACAGCAAAGUGAGGAAUUAAGCCACGAGCACAGUGCCUGCGUCCCGCGUCACAGUAGCAGCAGCAGCGAUCAGGAAUCUCCGUCGAUCCGGUGGAAACGUGCAUUUCAGGCUGCAAGCACGACUGUCAAGUUCAACACUACACACUUCGAUGGACCACCGUUGGACUUCUCUACACUCGUUCUUACGGACGUACUUUGUCCCUUUGUAUUCGAGCUAAUCACAUUGUGGACAUUCAUGGUCUCGCUAGUCACAAACAUGUCGCCAUUGGCAGCAUUCUUGGAUUAUAUCGAGUGUGGGUUCUACAUGCAAGCUCUUUACCUGGGUCUCUGGAUGAUCUGUCACUUUUGCAGUGCUCGCAACCGCAAGAUGAGAGAGUUUGUGAGUAACUAUCGACGUCGGUACCGUGAUAUGCAACGAGAGCUACUGGAGAUGGAGAAUGAAAAGCGUGCCGAACAUCUUUGGCUUGUUAGCAUUGGUUUUCGUGCGGUCGAGCAAUUCCAAACCAGCUUUUUCACACUGGUGGAAACUAUCUUUGAGCUUGGUACACAUGUCCGCGCGAGAUGUUACCCUGGGGCAUCAGUAGCGGAAGAUGAGAUGACAGUAACCAAUGAAGAAAACCAGCCACUACAAGCUGGUGAGCUCAUGCAAUAUACGCAAGUAGAACCAAACACGGAAACGCUUGCUGAAGGCACUUGCGAUCCUGUUGAGGACGCUAACGAAACCCAGGAGGCUUUGGAAGGUAAACAACACUUACACUUAAUUGGUGAGCGCCUGCAUGACUUAAACCUUUGGUCAAAGUUUUCGUACAACCGCCGACUGCGGAUUUUGUGCCCAAUUGUCAUCUUGAGUGCCAUUAUCUCAUUCUAUGCCUUCUAUGCCGGCUGGGGUAUCAUGGGUAUUUGUCUCAUUUUGCUUGGCGACACAAUCCAGGCCAAGUUUCCCCAGGUUUUCGGCCUAACAUUCAAGUCUUUUAUCACGAUUUUCGUCACUCUAUCAUUUGUAUUUUUCUCGUCUACAUGGGCAGUUGGAACCUUCGUUCAUGGUGGAGAUUUCUUUGUGUUUCCGCCAACAGUAGAGUCUCGUUCUGCUUCAACUCCGUUCGCUAUGAAGCCAACAACAACGAUGCCGAUGCACUGGAUGCACUUGAAGAAAGUUGCCGAGUAUCCUGUGUGCGCACUAGACAUGGAGUCAUUAGAUAUCGUGGAUUUUGCACUGAUUGCUGACUCUAUCUACGGUUGGACUACAGCCGUUCAAAUAAAGUCGUUUACCCAACGUUUUAACGGCACUGAACUUGGCGACUGGAAGUAUAUCUCACGAAACAACGAAGCAGCGGGCCAUCAAGUGUGGGCUGAGCUCUAUUUCCCUACAAUCAACAUGACUGUCAUAGCCGUUCGAGGAACAGCUACGGCAACUGACGCCCUUGAGGACCUUCACUACUGGUUUGGCGUAAGUAUCAUGCAAGCUGCCAAUAUUUUUAUUCCAUUCCUGAAACAGCUUCCCAGUCAAUUUGUCGUCGAAAUGCUUUCAAUGAAUUUUCUGCGAGCUUUCAUACCUCCUCCAGUGUACUCGGAACUUCUAGAUCAUGUACAUGUUGUCCGGAAACGUGUUGGUGAUCGUCUUGUCCUAACUGGCCACAGUCUUGGUGGUGCAAUGGCAGCAAUGGUUGGUGCCAAGACUCACACACCUGCCGUAUCGUUCUCUGGGCCUGGAUUACUGUACUCACGUGGUCGAUUCGGCGUUGAUGAUGAAUCUAUCCGUGACUAUGUCUUGACUAUUAAACCACGACGCGAUAUCGUUCCUCAGAUAGACGAAUUAAGCGGUAUGGUACAGGAAAUUGAAUGUCGCCGUGACAAUCCACUUGCUUGUCAUAGCACUGUUACUCAUAUGUGUGAGUUGUAUAUCGCGUGUGGUGACAAGCGUAAACGUGAUUGGUCGAAAGCAUCGCAGUGUACGGAGUAUUUUUUUCACAAAUGA